AACAAAUUUAACACAACAAUACUAAACCAAAACAAGAUUCAUGUUGAAACGCGUCUAUUAUUUUGUGUGGUGAUUCAUCAAAUGGAACGAACUGCGAUUAUUUCGUGAAACUACUGUUUAUUGAAGACAAUGGCUUCCUAUCGGAAAGUGGACCAGGCAACCAUUAUAAUUUUAGACAUCGGAGAAAAUGUUUCUAUUGCCGAAGAAAAGAAUGAAAAAAGUUUUUUCGAAAUGGCGCGUGAAUGUGCCGGCCGAGUUUUAGAGCGGAAAAUAAUGGCUCAAACUAAAGAACUAGUUGGUAUCUUGUUAUUGGGCACCAAAAAGUCCAACAAUAACAUGGCAGAGAGCAACAAGGGCCUAUUUAGGCAUAUUACACUUCUAACUGAACUGAAGAAUCCUACUUGGGACAUGAUACGCGAUCUACCAGAAACUCCCACUAAAAGUCGAGGUGACUGGGUGGACUCUCUUAUUGUGGCAGCAGACUAUUUGAAAACCGGAGCAAGUGGCUAUAGGAUAAGUAGUAAGAAAAUAAUCCUAAUGACCAAUUUUCAAGCACCACACCAAUACUCCUCAGAUGAAAUUGACCAAAUCAUCAAUGGUUUGAAAGAAGAGCAAUUCCAAUUGGACAUCAUUGGCCCUGACAUAUAUUUAGAAACCAAUAAGGGUGAGGACUGGCAACUAGCCUGCCAAUUAGUUGAAGCUACAAAUGGAGCAACAGCAACAUUUGAAUUUGUCCAACAAUAUUUACUUUUCCACAAAAAGAGGGCCAUUAAUGCCAUGCCUCGUAAUGUUGAUUUGAAUAUUGGCCCAAAUAUAAGAAUACCUGUGUCAGCAUACAUCAGGAUAAGAGAUGAACCUGCAGUGAAAUCAUGGCAAAAAGCAGUGAAAGAUCCCAUUGGUGCCAGCACUCCUAGUUUCACCAAUCAGGGGACUGUUAAAAGUUUUAAUAUGGCCAGCUCCACAGAAGGCAUUCUACGGCAAAAACAAAACAUUGAUGCUGAUAAUCAGGCAAUUAUUAAUGAAGACCAAAUAAUAACUGGAUAUCAUUUUGGUCAAGAGAUUGUUCCAUUCCCUGAAAGCAAUAACUUCAUGACAUAUAAUUCUGGGCACAAAUGCUUAUCAAUUUAUGGGUUUACUAAUGCUGAUAAUAUUCAGUGGCAAAGCUUUGACAGUAAUGGAUUAUCAUAUGUGUUUGGUCGGAAAGGAGACCAGAGAGCCCAACGGGCAUUGCGAUGUCUAGUGGAAUGUCUGCAUGAGAUGAAUUUAGCUGCUAUUGCCCGGAGUGUUUAUAGGGAAGGCUCAGCACCACAAAUGUUUGCCCUCAUGCCUGUUAUAGACACAGAAAAUUAUAUUUGCUUAUCUAUGAUUGGUAUCUGCUACAAAGAACAAAUCAAAUACAUGGCAUUCCCUUCAACAAAGCUAAAGAAGUAUGAACAUUCAAAUGAACAAGUUAAUGCUUUCAAAGAUCUUAUAACAGUAAUGGACUUAACAAAUGCUUAUGAUGAUACAUAUGAUGACAAGGAAGCAUUUCCAAUAGCACAAACUGUUAGUCCUACAGUUCAGUAUGUGUUGGAUAGCAUAGCAUUCAGAGCAUUGAAUCCUGGUAAACCUCUGCCUCCACCAAGGGAUGAUAUUAUGAUGCUGUUCAAAAUACCUCCAUUAGUAGAAAAGAGAAGUAGAGAACCUUUAGAUAAAUUGAAGACUUUGUUUAAACUGCAUAAAAUUGAAAGGAAGACAGUAGACAGAAACAAAGCGAAUACUGAUGAAGCAAUCAACAUUCCUGUCCAACCAUCAACAAGUAAUGAUCAUGUACACACAGAUUUCAAAUUUGAUAUGCCAAAGGUGCAACUUGGAGUUAAGAAAACUGCUGAUGUUGAGAAAGUGGGAACACUGAACCCAAUUAGUGAUUUUGAUACACUUCUAAAGAAGACUACAUUGCUUGAGCUGGCUCCACAAAUGACUGAAGCUAUAGAGAAUAUUUUCUUCACAAAUUUUGAUGGAAAGUUUAAUAAAGCUGUUGAUACUUUGAGCCACUUCAGAGAGAAAUGUGUUGAGUUAGAUCCAACACCAUACAAUGAAUGGCUUUCAAAAUACAAGCAAGAGUUAAUGAGUCGUCAGAAACAUAAUAUUUUUAAUGUUAUAAAUGAGAAGAAUCUAGGGUAUAUAAUCAAGGAAGAGAAUCCAAAGAGUAAUUACGAUAGACCAGAUAGCCAUGAUGAAAGUCAGUUGUAUGAAAAUAAUACUGUGCCAGAGAUGACUGAUGUUACUAUACCAACGGAAGUUGAUGACAUGUUUGCUGAUAUUUGAUUUUAUUUUUUAAAAUUUAAUGCACCUGCAUUUGUUAUUACUAUAAGUAUUUUGAUAAUGACUUAAGUCAGUAAAACUAUGAUUAUUUUUGUAAUGCAUCUAGUUUUGAAUUGUGGUUACUCAUUGUUAUUGUUAUGUAGUUAAGUUUAUAGCACUUUUUAAAAAUAAAUUUUUGGCAUAGUC